AUGGUCCGGUCAAACGAGCUCCCCGUCGAGCUCUGGCUCGAGAUCUUCCGCUGCGCGACCCUCGACCACUACUCCCACGCGCGCUACAGCACCGAGUACGAGCCGUUCGACGCGCCGCCGCCGGCCAGCGAGGCCGCGGACGCGGAGGAGACGCUGCACACCAAGUGCGCCCUCGUCCAGGUCUGCAAGCAGUGGCGGCGGUGGACGAUGCCGUUCCUCUACGAGGACAUCCGCGUCCCGCGCACGUACCACGACCUCAAGCACAAGCUCUGCGACGGCGAGCACUGGGCCGAGCACGGCAUCUCCAUCCCGCCCUGCCAGCGCUUCGUCCGCCGCGCCCUCCUCCCCUUCUCCUCCACCGUCACCCCCGCGCCCCAGACCCCGCCCGGCGCGCUGGACGUGAUCGCGCUCUGCUCCGCGCUCGAGGUCCUCGUCCGCACCGCCGACCCGCUCACGCCCAUCGUCUACGACUUCGCGACCCCCGCCUGCCCCGCCCUCCCCUCCCUCCGCCGCCUCGACUGGUGGCACCACAACGAGGCCGCGCGCACCGGCGGCAUCAACUCCCUCGCCCACGUCCUCGCCGCCGCCCCCGCGCUCCGCUACCUCUCCGUCGGCGGCGAGCUCUGGCAGAGCCUCUUCUCCGCCCGCGCGCCCCCCGCCGUCCUCCCCGCGCUCGACACGCUCCGCUUCCGGCGGUGCAACGCCCUCCUCGUCCUCCAGCUCUGCCGCACCGCCGCCUUCCCCGCCCUCCGCCACGUCGUCUUCGACCACGUCGGCCCCGCGGAGAUGUUCUGGCCGCUCUGGGACGCCGCGGGCGCGCAGCUCGCGAGCGCCGAGCUCGGCCGCUCCCUCCGCUUCUUCGCGCAGGACUUCGUCGCCGCCGUGCUCGCCGGCGCGCCCGCGCUCGCCGCGCUCCGCUACCACGUCCACUUCACGCACCCCCCCGCCCCGGCGCGCGACGCCGUCUUCCUCCGCACCGUCGCGCUGCACGCCGCGCCGACCGCGUUCUGCGCGCCCGGCAGCGCGGAGGCCUGGGCGCACCUCGAGAGGCACUUCGCCGCGCUCGCGGGCCCCGCGUUCCCCGCGCUGCGCGAGGUGCGCCUGCACGGGGACUGGGCCGCGACCGCGGCCGCGGACGAGUUCGUGCGGAUCGCGCGGCCGCUCCGCGAGAAGGGCGUCGUGGUCGACGUGCCGUGA